AUGACCGCGGCGACGAGUGCACAUCUGGACGGAGACAAAUUCGUGAUGCAGGUGUACAAGGCACACGUCACGAAGAUGAGGGAGAAUCUGGCGCACGAGGCCGAGUCCAAGGAGAAUUUUGAGGAGGGCGAGACUGCUGAGCAGUAUAUGGAACGGCAAGAGCAAGAGAUCGGCGAGGCUGAGGAGAUGAUCGAAGGCUGUAUUCAACUAGAAGCCUCGAUCCGCGACAAAAUGGCCGAAUGCAUGGAGGACGCGAAGCGCAUCCGGGGUAUGCAGCGCGAGUACGAGACGCUACUUCGGUUUGUCGACCGAAUGUGGGACAUGCCCCCAGAGUUCUUCGACAACUUCCCCACUGACGACGAGGACAGCGACGGCGAAGAUGUGAUGGAUUUCAUGAAUGCGACAAUCGGGGAUCUUCAUGAUACCACAUUAAUGGGUGAUGAUGAGAAGGUUGUCUACGUCCCGGCGCCCCAGGUCUACACCGAUCCGGUGCCGCCAAAGCCAGUGAAAACGGUGAAGCCAGCUGACAACAACGAUACAGUGGUGUACCAGCCGGCACCCCAGGUCUACACCGAUCCCGAAGCGAAUACAAACUACUCAUUCGUCAAGCCGGACGGUACGGUCGAAGAGUCACGACCACGUCGAGAUUUUGUCGACAACGAAACUGUGGUGUAUCAACCGGCGCCUCAGGUCUACCCGGAUGUGCCCGCACACGAGUACGGCUACGUACCGGCCAACCGUACCGAGAGGGCUGCUGAACUAGAGCGGAUUGUGGAAGUCUACCCGGAAAGCAGGACUGAAAAUGACCCCGAUGAGCACAAAUACGAUGCCUGGAUCCGUGCCAAAAUCCCAGAAGCUGGUGAUAAGAAGCUUGUGCUCAAGCGGGAUGCGAAGCUUUUGGAGCAGAAGAACGGGACGGUCGUUUACGAGGUUUUGGGAAAUUCUUUGGAUUCGGCAAACUGGAUACACUACGGUAUUCACGUCACCCUUGACAUCCCGUCGAUGGAAGAGGGCAAGCUGGUUAUUGGCGUCCAGGAAAAGAAGCUGGAAUUCAUGAUGCCCGACGGUGCCGUUGGAUUUAAGUAUACCACAGACGCUCCAGAAUUCACCGCCACCUUCACCAGCCCACCUAUGCAAAAAUUCAACGAUAAUGGGCGAGCGCUGGCUUCCCCGGACUUUGGCGCGUUAUACAGCACCCCGAAAGAGGAGGGCGGGAGAAGCGAACAGAAUGGCGUCAUCUUCAAGAAGGACUACCCGGCGAACACCGACGGCCUCCGCUACGUGUUCAGUCUCCCAUUAUUCGGUGGGCAGGCUCCGAAAAACUUCUGGGCCAACGGUAUCCUGGCUGAUGGUGAACAGUUCUACUUGAGGAACCAAAAGACGAAGGAACGAACUGAUCUACAAUUGACCCCGGAGAAGAACAUCACCCUGGAGCUUCCCGCGAACACCGACUUCUACGCGUACUUUGCCGGCUCGGCCAAGCCAAACCGGGACAGGAAGUUCGAGGUGGCCAAGCAGGAUAAAGAA